AUGCAAGCCAACCUGAAAACCAUAGUUGGAAUCAAAGAAAUAAAGGGAGUAAAACGAUUGUCAGGACCAGGACUGAGCACAAAGGAUGUCCCUGGAAUCAUGCAAGGAGGUGGCAAAUGGCCUGGCAGAAUGAGAGAAGUGUGCAACCAGUAUGCCGGUGAUUUAGAAGAGGAAAACAUUUAUAACGCCUACAAGGAAAACAAGCUGCAGAAUUUCCUGUGUUACGAGAAAGGACGCCACUGUGCAAAGGUUGCUGGAAGUAAAACAAAGGACAGUAAUAAAAAGAUAAACAAGACCAAGAAAGAAGCCAAGGAAGAACUGUAAUUGAGAACAAGCAUGUGAGACAUAAGAAUUGUAAGCAAAAGUACAGUUUCCCUUGUAAGUUUCCCUUGUAAGUUUAAUGACUUUAAAGUGUCAUGAUGCAAGAAUGGUGGCUGCAAGUCUACGGUUUUAAUUGGUUUUGUUAGUACAGUGCACAAAGGCUUGGUUAGACAGGUUUUACUUGUGUUCUUGUAAACUAUGCAUUAUGAUUGCCAGAGUUUGCAUUCACGUUAGCUUUAGGUGAGGUGUGAAGAUCUUAAUAACCUGAUAUCAAAGGGACCACAGGCUCCACAGCAUCCCUGUAGAGGAUUUGCCUUUUAGAAAGUAUCCGUGGUAAAUGAUCAAAGUGUGUCAGAUCCAUUAGGAGGGAAUUGAAAUGAUGGUUUUUAAAAUGUACGCUUUGUUAAUGAAAGGAAGUGGGUUAGAUUUGAUAUAAAGUGUACUUUCACUCAAACAUAUUUUCCAAAUGUUUAACAAAACUGUCUCUUUGGCAAAAUUUCACAGAGCUGCUGCACGGAAAACAAUGCUAGGCAAAGUUUACUGGCUAAGCAAAAAAGAAGCGGUGAACCAGACACAAUUUUAAGUACAAAAGCAGUUGUAUUUUGGUUGGUUACCUGAUAUUGCUAAUGAAAUGUUGUGCUUUUAUUUUUAUUCAUAAGCAGCACCACGAAAUUGGCCUGUUUGUCCUAUUUUCCAAGGCCUUUGGCCUUGUAAAGUACAUGUAUGUGUGGGAUUCUCUCGUUUUCUGUCCUGCAUGGAGUCUAUGCCCAGACACAUUCUACGGAAUCUGUAAGUGGUUCUGAGGGGCCUACCAGUACUCAUAAGACCUGGAUAGAUAAUCAUGUUUACACGUACAAGCUUGUGCAUGUAAGUGUGCUUGAUCUAUUUUCACUUAGAAUGCCACUAUGGGCCCUGUCACACUUCUGUGUAUCCUAAUUCCUUAUGAGUUGCGCAU